UUCUUCUUUGCAGAUGGAGUUGGCAUCACAAUCUGUACCUGAAGAAGUUGGGGGCUCAGGUGGCGCACAUUUGAUCAGCUCUUCAGCAAAGAAGCAUAAAAAGCCUCCUGCUAUGGGAAAUCAGAAAAGGCACCUGGUUGCAAAGCGGGCAGAAACGAGUCAAAAGAAGCAAUCGGCUAAAAAACGAGUGAAUUCUCCUACAAUGGGAAAUCAACAAAAGUACCCUACAAGCUCUCCAUUAAAGAGGCAUGCAGAAAUAAGUAAACAGAGGCCUGCAAAGCGGUUCAAGUCUCCAAUGGUGGGAAACAAAUCUCCGCUGGUGAUAAGGUCUCCGCUAGUGACUGGUUCUCCAAUGAUGAGGUUGGUUGUGUCACCUGUGGUGAUGGGGCCAAGGUCGACAUCACGCAGCCCGACGAGUCCUGUAUUGGCACCACAUGCUCCAGAGAGGUCCCCAUCCCGUUCCACAUCGCCAUCGCCAAACUUGGAUGAUCAAACAAUAUCAGUGGAUAAUCCUGAUAAUUCCACUUCUUCCAGAAGCAAACCACGCAAAUUGAGAUUUGAAAUAUGGAAUGAUAUGGAUCCUAUUUACAAUGGUGGAAAACUUAUGCAAGCGCGAUGCAAGCAUUGCAAUGAGUCUUCUACUCAAGGAAAUGGCACUGCAUCUUCAUUAAAAGGUCACUGGGCUGAUUGGAGUACACAUGUGAGUGCUGAAAGUAAUCAAGUCACCGGGGAACUCGACAGAUAUCUUCAUGAUGAUCUAUUUCCAUGUGACGAUGACAGCUUCGAUAUCUUGCACUGGUGGAAGAUGCACACAACAAAGUACCCUAUUGUAGCUCGUAUGGCCCGGGAUGUAUUGGCUGCUCCUGCAUCAACGGUACCUUCUGAAUCUGCGUUCAGUACAGGAGGCCGAAUCAUCUAUGACCAUAGAACUAGGCUGUCAGGCAACACUGUGGAAGGUUUGAUUUGCUUUCAGGACUGGCUUAGAGAAUCAGGUUCAUCUUACUUUGACAUCAUAAAGAUUAACAGCUCCAGUAGCAGCAUUGAAGAGCUUGGAGUUGCAUGAUAACUUGAAAGACAAGGAUGGCACUACAAACUACUUGAAAGGACUUAUGCUGGUCUUGUGUUAUCUGAUCGUUGCUGCCAGUUUCUUUGUUCAUGUUGAUCCGCAAUCAAUUACAGCUCAAGAGGAGGAAGUAUAUCAAGAUUGUUUUCUUCUGAAGAUUUUGGUGAUCCUUGCACUACGUGGACACUUGACUACUAGAGAAGGAAGUGUUCUACCCGGAAGAGCAGAACGGGCUUCUUUUUUUCCUUUUUUUGGAGAUAGAAGAGCAGAACGUGCUGAAACUACAUUAAAAACUCUGGAGCCAAGCUGUACUUCAGUAUCCCAUUCACUGUCUUUGUUGUGAUAAUCAGGAAACCUUCUCCAUUGGUUAUCUCCUUAACGUUGAUGCAAAGUGUUGCGCAUCUUGUAAGAUUGUUGCACAAUAUUGAAUGUUGACUCUGACCUUGUGGAUGAUUUCUCCUAA